GCCGGGAGCGUGCCGGCAGGCGUGCGGCCAUGUCGCUGCUGCUGCACCUCCUGCGGCGGCUGCUGGCGCAGCUGGGGCAGGCCUCGCUCCUGGGGAGCCGCGCGGUCGGCGUGGGCCGUGCCCUGCAGCGCUGCCUGCCCUCGGCCGCCGCCGCCUCCCGCGGGCACCUCCAGCAGCUGCGCGCCGCCCUGAGGAGCUGCCGGCUCAAGAUCAUAUCUCUUUGGCAAAAAAAGGAAUACGGGUCUACACGAAGUGUUGUCCGGAGACUUGGGACAAUUCUUUCCCUAGAGCCCUACCCAAGACCUUAUUUUCAACUUGUUCAAAACCCGUGUCCAUUGGAUUAUGAUGAGCAAAACACAGCUCCAACUCCUGCAGCUCCAUCACUUGCUGAUGUCUUGUGGGUGGCACAUGAUGAGGGGCAAGUAUUUGCUAGAUUCAGGACUGAGUUAUGGAGAAAAGAAAAAAGUACAGCUUAUCAUGACUUAAAUCCAUCUAUAGAUUCCAUACCAAGUGUUCCAAAAAACAGUAUACAAAAAGACAGUCUUGUUGAUCGAGCAGCACUUCAGAAAAUUUCUGCACUUGAAGAUGAGCUGACUUUUCUUCGUGCUCAGAUUGCCACGAUUGUUGCAGCACAUACACUGGGAAACAUUCCAUCACAAGCCUUUAAAACAUUCAGCAUUCCAGAUGGAUCUUACCCAGUGCCAGCCAUGACUUCCACGCCAUUGUCCGUCUCUCACAAUCACUUUGUAAUUCCCUCGCCGCCUCCGCUCCCUUCUGGUGCACCAUCUGCUGUUGAUGCUAGUAAUUCAGCAAUUGAACUCAUAAAACAACGGCGUGCUGCAAGAAACAGUGCUUCAACUACAGCUGGUAGUGCUGAUCACCAGAGGACAAAGAACAUUCCGAGUAUGAUGGAUGUUCUGAAAGACCUAAACAAAGUUCAGUUGCGUGCUACUGAGAGGUCACCUGGAGGCACACCUCUUUCUAAACCCAAAAAAAGGCUAAGCUCAGAUUGGGAUCCAGUUGCUAUACUAACUCAUGCACUGAAACAGAAAUUUGCACAUAAAUUUGAAGAUGAUGAUGAUUCACUGGACAAAGAAAAUAGAUCUUUUGAUAGCUCCCCGUUCUCCAGUCCAGAGAUCCCACUGGUUGGACAUUGCAGCCUGAAGUCAAACGCAAAUUCUAGCCUCAUAAGAACUGAUGAAGUUAAACAAGUAUCAACGUGGAAAGUGAGAGCUCAUAUUUAACUGAUAGAGACUUCAGAGGAAACUUCGUAGCGUGUGUAAGUGGCAGGCCCACUCUGUGAAACUGCUGUAAUAUGUUUUAGAAUGUAUCUGUCCUGUGCUGUUAAGGUUUGGGUUGUAGGGCUUGUGGAACUGCCUCUUCUUUCUCUUUCGUUUCCCAGCAGCCAAACUUGUGAAUGUGAUGCUUUGUAAGAAGCACACAACCAAAAAAAAGGGUUUUGUUACUAUGGAGCACUGUGUCUGAAACCUGGGAAACUGAGAAAUGCAGGAAAGAAAUGUUUGUGAAAGAAAAGUAAUUAUUUGUGUGGCAGCUUAGGUGAGCACUGUCUCUGUACUUCACUGUAAAUACUGAAGAAGGGUAAACUUCUGGAGUGUAUUGUGUAUAGCUGACUGUAUAUAACUAAUGGUAGCUAAUACUGUGAUAAAGUUUCCUCAGUUUUCUUUGCAGUCUGCUAAUGUAACUCCUUAUUUCAUUUGCAAGCAGUGUUCUAAUUUGUCUUGAGUCAGUAGAGAAACUUUCAUGUUUGUGAAACUUUGUCUUGCUGUAAGUAUGCUACAGGCUGUCUGUUAAGUGCUUAUAAUACGGAGGAGUUUUUCUUUUGAGACAAAAAAUACCUUGUAGAGAUACCUGCUAGCACAUAGUCUAAAUUCCACGUGUAAAUAAACAUGAAUUGUAUUGUCUCUCUGGCUUCUCUGUAUAAAGUCUGUUUCGUUCACAGAGUGUAUAAAAUAAAAUUUCCUUUGUAUCA